GCAGCAACAGGAUGAGGAAAUGGAGUGAGGCAAGCGUGUGACUUCACCUCUUUAUUGCCUUGCAAAUUUCUAUCUGUGCUGAAAACACAGAGCCCUUUGCCCAGACGCAUCGGGCGAGCCCUGGCCUGGAUCCUCUCUGACAGCUCAUGCUGGACUGUAGCCUACUGAAGCUACGUUUAGUGACUUGGAGCUGAAAAGACUUGGUGCUGCCAUGGCUGACCCAAACCCUCAGCCGCCCGCCUCGGGCUCGUCGUCCGCUAAGAUGGACCAAGUACAGAGUCAGGUGAACGAGGUCAAAGUCAUUCUGAAAGACAACAUCAAUAAAGUGCUGGAGAGGGGCGACAGAUUAGAUGACCUCAUCAACAAGACGGACGACCUGCAGGCAUCUGCUGACUCCUUCCAGAAAACCUCCACGCGGGUAGCCCGAAAAUACUGGUGGAAGAACAUAAAGAUGAUGAUCAUAAUCGGCGUGAUUGUGGCGAUCAUCCUGAUACUCAUCAUCCUCGCUGCAACUAAAGUCAUAUAGCAAACUUUCACCGCAGGAGAGCAGAGGGGGUGCGGCGCUCACCUCCGGACAUCCUGACAUGUGCACAUUCACUCAUGAACAAGAAAAAUCACUGUGAAGAGGGUAAAACCCACAGGAGACAGAGAUUAAAUUGUUUGCUGUCAAACCAAACACUCCACAUGUAAUGUAAAACCGCUCCGUUAAUGAACCACCAAUCAUGUGAGCAGGUUUUGUUUUUAUUUGAAGCAUUUUCAACAUCUAGUACACUUUGUACAUAUUAUGUAUGUGUAUGACUCAAACGGUGUAGUAACAUGUUUUAUAUGACGAUCGGGGUGGGGGGGGUGUCUUGUAUUUUUGCUGCCAGAGUACUGUGUGUAUAUAUAUAGAGAUGUAUGUGUGAUUUGUCCAACCAAUAAUACAUUUCAGUAAUGAAAUAAAUGAAGCGAUUCACAAGCA